UUUACUCUCCUCUAAUUUGUUAUCAGCUGUAUGUACUUUCUCCACUUUCGGUGCCGCUGUGCGAUCUUCCAUUCCAAAUUCUGGUAAAGAUCGGCUCUUUCCAAAAACAAAAAUGGCCACCACAGCUCCGGUGAUCAUGCGCCUCAUGGCCUCCUCAAUAAACACAGCCAAGCGGGCUGGCGGGAUCAUACGCGAUGUCCUCAAGAAAGGCGACCUGGGAAUCGUAGACAAGGGAAAGAACGAUCCUCAGACGGAGGCGGACCGCUCUGCACAGCGCUGCAUCAUUGCUUCGCUGACUAAGAAGUUUCCAAGCGUAAAGAUUAUCGGCGAGGAAGGUGGCUCCGAUCUGAACGUUUGCGACGAUUGGCUGGUCACGGAGCUGGAUGAAUCGUUCCUGCAGCAAAGCUGUCCAGAGGAGUGGCAAGAUGCUAAGCCCGAGGACUUUGUGAUAUGGGUGGAUCCGCUGGACGGUACAGCAGAGUACACACAGGGAUUUGUUGAGCACGUCACUGUACUAAUUGGCAUAGCUGUUAAGGACGCAGCCGUGGGCGGCAUCAUUCACCAGCCGUUCUACAAGCAGCCCGGCGGCGAGCUGGGUCGCACUAUUUGGGGUCUUAAGGGUCUAGGGACGGGAGGAUUCGUCCCAGUGCCAGCUCCAGCCGGUCAGUUCAUCAUCACCACCACUCGCUCGCAUUCCAAUGCCUUGCACCAGCAGGCUCUCAAUGCCUAUGCAUCCACAGAGGUGCUGAAGGUCGGCGGUGCCGGCUUCAAGGUGCUGCAGCUGCUGGAGGGCAAAGCACAUGCCUACGUGUUUGCCACACCGGGCUGCAAGAAGUGGGAUACGUGUGCACCCGAGGCAGUGUUAGAAGCGCAAGGUGGCUGCCUGACCAAUAUCAAUGGCGAGCACUACUUGUACAAUGCGGAUGUGGAGCACGUGAAUCGAAAAGGCGUACUGGCCAGCCUGGGACAAAAUCAUUCCGAACUGGUGGAGAAGAUACCCGCAGAUGUGCGGGCGGCAGUGGGAGCCAAGCUGUGAGUGUGUCGGUACUUUAUUUUAUUUUUAAUGUUGAGCUAAAGGUAUAAACAUACAUACAUACAUAAAUAAGCGAUAACAGAAGGGAUAAAAGAUCAAGAUCGUGAAAUUAUAAGUAGAAACUUUGAACGAAA